AAGAAAGACAAGUACUUCUUCCGGCUGAAAAUGAAACCUAGAGUCGGCGAGUUUGAGCUUACGGAUCUCAGUGCUUGUGGAGAAGAUAGUCUUCGCGUUUACAAUCUUGAUCCGCAAGAUGCCCUUUGCGGAAGAAUGAUUUCCGGAACACGGAAAUGCCUCGAUUUCGCUGCGGGAAGUGCAUUGAUCUGCCACACGAACAUCGAUCGGGAAAACGGAACUAGUGAUUCAUUCAUUUGUGGUAUGUUGGCG